GAGUGCGUGAACAUUCGAACGACAAGCCCAAGUAAUCAGCAAUCGCCCAGACCAGACCAGGCAGACGAGAAAACGGCACGGCGGUCGCUAACCACAUACUGCCAAGAGCGUACUUCGUACAUGUACAUUAAGUUACAAUUACAUGCAUCGUACACACAUACAGGCAUACAUAUUGGUGGCGUCGCAUCGUGUCGGCAGAGUCAUCACAGGUACAUACAUCCAUACAUCCAUCCAUCCAACACGCCGAUACCACCAUCAGCAGCAUCCAUACAUACGGCACCACAUCAGCACACACACACACACACACACACACACACACACACUCAGCGGCACCGCAACAAUGCCCACCUCGCCAACCUCAGCACCCCACACCCACGCCCAUGCCCGACCGCAUCCUCAGUCUCCCUGGUUCUCUCUCGUUCUCAUUCAUUCGCGCCUUAGGUCUUCUCAUCUGCUGCGCUGCUCCAGCUAUGUAUGUACAGACUCCAUCCCAUCCGGCCACAUUAGUAGACAAGUAGCAAAACAAGAAAGCAAUCCCAGCACCCACUCCAUCCCCACCCCAUCUCAUCCGUUUGUUUGUUUGACCAUCCCAUCCGUCCAUGCCAUUGUCAUGGCGUCCCAUGUCAAGCGUCUCCGUCAUUAUCCCAACCAUCCGCGCAAGCACCAACCAACCAACCAACCAGUAAGCUCCCAACCCAUCCCACCCUAUCCCAUUCAAUUCAUUCCGCGACUCUGACCGGACCAAACCGACCGACCGACCCAUGCCCUACCAGACCCA